UUUAGUUCAUCUCUUAUCGGACUACACAGGAUAAGCACUGCUGACCUGUAGGAGUGAGUGGCACAAUGGGCACAGCGGUACUGGCCCUGCUCGUCUUAGCAAGCCUCAGAGAUGGUCUAGCUUCAUUGGUUAUCAAGCCUUCUGGGAAUGAAAUUGUGGUACAGAAUGGUGAACCUCUCAAUUUAACAUGCACUGGAAAUGAAAAUGCAAAAUGGAAUUUCACAAAUGUUCAACAGAGAUUACUUGUUCAGAAAAAAAUUCAAGUAGUAAAUAACACAGUAAAAAUACCAAAAGCCGGUUACAGCAAUGUUGGAACCUACACAUGCAGUUCCAACUCUACUAAUUCGUCAGAACAAGCAUCAGUGCAUGUCUUUGUAAAAGAUGCAACAAAACUGUGGAACACAUUGACAAACACAGUGCGUAUUGAUGAAGAUGAAGAUGCCCUUCUUCCAUGUCUGUUAACAGAUCCAUCUCUUGCCCUACAUGAAAUUUCUUUAACACCUUUAAUUGAUAGGAGCCCCAAUGUAUCAUUUGAUGCUAAGAAAGGAUUUUACAUCUACAAUGUUCAGAUGGCUGAUGAAGGAGAUUACUUUUGUCAGGUGAAAGGGUUUCCCAAAGGCUCCAGCAAAAUUAAGCUGAUUGUCAAUGAAGUUCCUAAAGAUUUCCCAUCUGUCACUCUGUCAUCAUUGGAGAAUAUUAGAAUUCAAGGGGAAUCCUUCGAGAUUAAAUGUACAUCAAUUAGCACUAUCAUGAACUCUCAAAUCACGUGGGAACACGCAGGAAAAAAUGUAACAAAAGACCAGAAAUAUCAAUUCAUUGAAAAAAAUUGGAUCGUUGAAUCCACCCUACAAAUUCUAAACGUGGACUUCAGUGACAGCGGGCACUACACGUGUACCGGAGACCUUGGAGGGAAAUCCAGUAGGGUUUCAGCCAACCUGCAAGUUAUAGAAAAAGCCUGCAUUAAUAUCUCAACAUCAGAAAAUCAAAGUAUUUCAUUGCUUGCGGGUCAAAGUGUGGGACUGACAGUCAUCAUUGAAGCAUACCCUGAUAUUCUAUCCUGGAAUUGGGUACAUCACACUUCUGACAAUGCACUGAAUGUUUCCACACAAGGAAAUAUGCUGCCCAAUGGAUCUUACAGGAGCACAAGCACUUUGAUUCUAAAUCGAAUGCAGGAAAAUGAAGAAGGAACCUAUACCUUUUAUGCAGCCAACUCACAGACCAAUGCUUCUCUGUCCUUCAACAUAAUACUAUACAAGCCUCCUAAAGUUGAAAUAUCCAUAACAGAAUUUAAUGGGACCCACAGCGUGACUUGCAAUGUAAAGGGGACCCCACGGCCAGAAAUUCAGUGGUUGCAAUGCUCAAGUACAAGCUGUAUAAAAGAACCAAUAAAAGGUGAAGUGAUUGAUGUCCAACCGGGCGAAGUAAAAAGUAUUCUGAACUUCAAUGAGAGUGUCAGUAACAUGACCAUACUCUGCCUAGCUUCCAACCUUGCAGGGAACCAUUCUGCUCCGGUUAAAUUUACUAGCCAUGUAUAUAAAGUAACUAAAGAGCCAGAGCUUCAAUUCUUCAACACCUUAUUGAUCGCAAUGGCCGUAGUUGGGGCUUUUCUUCUGCUGCUGUCAAUGUUCUUGUUCUAUAAGUAUCAGCAGAAACCAAAAUUUGAAGUUCGCUGGCAGAUAGUUCAAGUGUCUGAAGGCAACCAUUAUACCUGUAUUGACCCAACACAGUUACCAUAUAACGAGAAGUGGGAGUUCCCAAGAACAAAUCUGCAAUUUGGAAAGACCCUUGGAGCCGGUGCAUUUGGGAAAGUCAUGGAAGCAACAGCCUUUGGGAUGGGGAAAGAUGACUCUGCUCUAACAGUAGCUGUAAAAAUGUUAAAACCCAGUGCACAUUCAGAUGAAAAGGAGGCCUUGAUGUCCGAGCUGAAAAUUCUCAGCCACCUGGGACACCACCAGAACAUUGUUAACCUUCUGGGUGCAUGUACAUCUGGAGGCCCGAUUCUGGUGAUCACGGAAUACUGCCCACAUGGUGACCUGCUUAACUUCUUGAGGAGAAAAACAGAAUCAAUUAACGAUAUGUUUACUGCCUAUUUGACUGAUUCCACCGGCAACUACAAAAACAUCUCUGUGGAGCAAAAAUAUGUGAGUGACAGUGGAUGUAGAAGUGAGGGCGUGUCUUCUUAUGUUGAUAUGAAACCAGUAACUUCCAGGAAAAAGUCAACAGAAGGAAAUUCUUUGAUGGAAGAAGAUGACACGGAUGAUCAUUUGCCUUUGGAUCUUUAUGAUCUUCUGAACUUUUCACUUCAGGUUGCCCAGGGAAUGUCAUUUUUGGCCUCUAAGAAUUGCAUUCACAGAGAUGUCGCUGCCAGAAACGUGUUGGUAACUCAGGGUCGUGUUGCCAAGAUCUGUGACUUUGGACUUGCCAGGGACAUUGAGAACGACAGCAACUAUGUUGUGAAAGGAAAUGCUCGUUUGCCAGUGAAGUGGAUGGCCCCAGAGAGCAUCUUUGAUUGCAUCUAUACAGUGCAAAGUGAUGUCUGGUCGUAUGGAAUCUUUCUGUGGGAAAUGUUCUCUCUUGGCAGAAGCCCUUAUCCUGGUGUUAUUGUAAACAGGAAGUUUUACAAGAUGAUAAAAGAAGGCUACAAAAUGGAUUGCCCGGAUUAUGCUCCAUUGGACAUAUAUCGCCUCAUGAAGUCAUGCUGGGAUCUGGAACCUACUAAUCGGCCAACUUUUAGCCAGAUAACCGAUCUUGUCAACAAGCAAAUGAGUCUUAACAAAGAUCAGGAGUAUGCAAACAUCAUUAGUGGCCAGCAAGAUGAAGACUGCAUGGUUUCAAAGUGUAUGGAUACCCAAGAGCCUCUUAUUAAAGGGAACAAUUACCAGUUCUGCUGAUCCUGAUACAGCCACAAAGGACUAAAGGGAGAAUCUGGCAAGCCUACAGAAGGUGGAAUGUGAUGUACAGUACAUUCCACAUAUUAAGUUUGGACAAGGGCAUUUUAUACUGUAUUAAGCUAAUGACACCCACUCUCUCUACAUGAAGCUCAGAGGGGUGUGGACAAAUGUAGCAUUAAUGUCACAGCACUGGAAACGCUAUGCAAUUACUCUGCUAGAUCAAUUAACAUUGCAAGAUACACUGACAAUCAUAC